UGAUUUCAACAACGGAAUCUGCGUUGCUUAAUCACAGCUGAUCAAACUCUACUUCUCCACUCUACACGUGCUUAUUAUUUUAUCAUUUCUCCACAUUACUUUUUAUAACUUGUGCAAUGCUAUAUGUUGUUUUCUCAACAACCUACCACAUACAACGAUAAUUGUUAUAAAGUUUUUAUAUAUAGACGAUACUUGGUAUUUAUUGUAUAAGGCUAUCGAGAAAAGUGUGGGUGCUUUAUGUCUAUCAUAUACGAAGCAACAAGUUUGAUUGGGAGUUAUUUACGUCAAAAGUGGCAUGGCAUGAAUGCCAUUGUCAUACAUAAACUGGUGGAGUAAACUUGUACAAAAUUAGAAACAAAUCCAUUAAAAUUGUUGUUGCAUUGUUAUGCAAGCGACCGGAGUACUCCCAGAAAUAAAUAGCGCUGCCGGUAUUAAGAACUAAGUCCAUGGAGCUCUUCUAAACUAAAGCAACGAAAGUUAAAAGAACAACAAAAGAUUGUCACAUGUCGGCAACAAAAGUUAGAGCAACAACAAAAUUUAAUCCCUAAAAAUAAAUUUAAAAAUGUUAGGUCGUAUUUUAAUAAAUAUUAAGCAUCGAUCAAAUGCGACAUUACGCUCAUGGUCAUACCAAUGCGAAUCAAUUGUGGCGCAACGUUCACGUCGAAUCCAACAGCUUUUUACCUUUUACCACCGUGUUUAUGGUUCAAACGGUCUACAACGAUUGCUUCGAUCUUAUCACAAGCAAUUUGAACCGCCUUUACGAGGUAUAAUGUUGAGCGCUGUAGGAGCUGUUGGCUUAAAUAUCACUACAGCAAUUGAAGCGGCAGCAUUCAAUUGGGAGAAAGAGCGCUUGAGCCUAAAAAAUUUUGACCUUUGUCGGAGAGAUCUUGAAUUUUUAAAUCAGUUGCCAAAUAACGAGUUAUGUCCUUUAUGCCGGGAUAAGCAGAUGAAAUACUGUUAUUGCUCAGUAGGAAAUAAGAAGUGUAAAUCUUCUAAAAAUGGACAAGAAAGUAUGCGUAACUGCCGAAUACCACUGAAUUUAAAAAGGGACUCUGUACCUAUAGGAAAUAAAUUAAUAGAAACCGUUAGUGAACAAUUAUGGGAACCAUAUUUUAGCAAGGAUGAAUUCUCUGUUUGGAGGCGCGAGGAAAGAUCGACGAUGUACUCCUAUAAGGUGUACGCUCGCUUUGAUGAUAUUUCCGCCGAAGAGCUUCUCCAUGUACAGACUGACUUAGAAUAUCGUCGACUGUGGGAUGAAACUGCUAUACAGUUGAAAAUGAUAGAAGAAGAUCCACGGCCUAAUAGCAAUUCACAUGUUAUCUAUUGGGAAAUGCAAUGGCCGAAACUUUUUUCCAAUCGCGAUUACGUCUACUGUCGUCGUUUUGUUAAAGACGAAAAACUCAAUGUAAUGAUGGUUUGUAGUCGUGGUACGGAACAUCCGAAAUAUCCGCUCUAUUCGAACAAAGUUAGAGUUAACGACUAUUGGAGUUUGAUGGUCAUCAAACCAUAUGAAUCUUUCAAUGAGCCCGGUGUGCAUUACAUACUUACUUAUUUCGAUGAUCCAGGUCUACCAAUCCCACAAAAUAUUAAAUCAUGGGUAACUCAAAAACAAAUGCCUGAAUUUUUACGUAAAAUGUAUCUUGCAACGAAGCAGUACUCAUACAAACGGUCACUCGAAAUGCAACACAUUUUUAGUAUAUCAAACUUUCAUUUACAAAGUAGCGAAUACUUGGCGAACGAAUCCAGGACGAGCUGGUUUAGAAAAAUAUUACGCACCCGUGAACCAGGAAAGGAAAAAUAAGGUUAUAUCUAUAUACCCACAAUAGUGCUUUUUGUUAAGAAAAAA